GGAUUUCACAGUUGAUCUUCUACCAUAAUCUUCAACAUCUAAGAUACAACAUCUCACACAAAAAAAAACAUCUAAAAUACAAUGGAGAAAAUUUCAAUGAAGUUUGCUUUCGUUUUCUUUUUAUCACUUACAUUCGUGAUGAGCAUCAGAACGAUUGAGGCAAGUCGUUUACUACCUAAAGAAACUUCUCAAACUGUAUUACACCAUGAUGUUUUGCCACAGGUUGUGAAGCACCAAAAUGUUCACUGCAAGAAAGGGUGUUAUGUGCAGUGUGUUCCCAAUCCAUUUGCUGUUGAAUGUUUUUGUGUAUGCUAAUUUCGAUUUCAUCACGUUUAAUCCAAUAAAAUUUAUAUAUCCAAUUACUAAAUUUUUAUAUUAAUUAUAAAACUUAUUAUAUACAUUUCAUAUGUGCAUUGACCAUUACAUAUGCUAAUAUUAUGGAGA